AUGGGGCGGUUUCCAUGGGGUCAAGGACAACCAAAGCACAGCAGCGACAAGCUGCAUGCCAUCACCCAUGACUGGUUCUCGAAAGACAAUGCCGAGCCCUCGAGACAAGCUUUGAACGACAUGAAAAGAGAACAGAGCUUUGGGUCAGGCACCAGCGAUGGAUCACCGAGAUACCAAGGACGGUCACGGGCCAACACCACUAGCUCAUCCAUAUCUUUCUAUGCCAGGUCGGGAUCAGACGCUUCGAAUGAUCUUACUUCCCGACCUUCAUCUCGGCAGAGUUUCGUCGAUUCAAGUCAGCCAUUUGGCGAACGUCACGACAAUUCGGCUAAGAGCUUACUGUCGAGGGGCUCUCGAAUCUUAAAGCGGCAGACAAGCAAGUUGAGUCUUUUGCCUUCUUCGACUGAGGAAAAGACCAUUGUUCGUGUCGAGGGAAAGGUCGGGCAAGGAUCUCCGGUCAAGGGGCUUCAACGGCAGCUCACCUUCAGCUCACAGCGAGAUGAUCUAAGAAGAAACAUAUCGACACCUUUUGCGUUUCAACACCUGAGUCACGGCGACCAAGCGCAUUUCCAGAGUCUUGACAACGUCACAAGAACCAGACUGACUUCCGAAUUCAAUGCUAUUCAGGCCGACCAGCGACCGGACGACCGUAUCCGAGGCAUCCCAGUCACAGACUUACCUACGCAGGGAACAGAAUCAGAAGUUCGUAUAGGUUCGGAGCCAACAUCGCCCACAACCAGUGCAAUUCCCUACCUGCCGACGACACCACCCCGUCCUCAACCUCCUCCUAAGGAUCCCUUGGUGUCGCCUUGCAGUCCAUCAGAUAUCCGCCUAUCCCGCUCCAUGGAGAACUUUUCCCGGCCAACAAGGUUGUCCAUGGCAGCCAGUGACCUUCCUUCGCCGUUUGCUUCUUCAUCCAGGCUCUCAGCCAUGAGUCCGGUGUGCCGGAAUAGCUUUUCCGCCAAACCUCUCCCACAAGUUCCAACUGUAGUACAUGCUGUCUCUACCACGGAUGAUGUUGCGCUUCCAUUGCGAACGGCUCCGUUGCCUUCUCCACCCAACACCAUAAUGGAGGUUGUGGAAGAAGAAUGCACAGAGCAGAUAAAUGCCCAAAUUUCGGACACCCCACCGAGCCGGGGUCUUCAAUUGGCGGAGCCCAUUUCUCCCAUCCAGCGCAGGCGACGCAGCCAAUCUUCCGGUGAAAUCGACUUUGACAUGUCAUACUACAGCAUGGCACCUAUCAUUACAAGCCCGGAGGGAUCCACCGCCACCAAAAAUCAUGAUUGCAAGCCGAAACACCGUAUCUCCAUUGGUGUGAAAACAAUCCAGCUUGAGGAUUGGGAGGACGCCAUCGAUUACUCUUGGGAUCACGCAGCAGAGCUUGAAGAGGUCGAGAACAGAGGCGCCCCGACGACUGACCGGUCCAGACCUCCGAGUAUUCAACAUGAGAGUUUCCUGCACGUCGAACAAGGCGCUGCUGACGAAACGUCGUCUGCCGCUUCAACUCCCCUGAUGAUGCAAGGGGCUCGCGAAGGGUUCGAAAUGCACCAAAUGGAACAGAAACCCAUCCCGUCGCGUCGCCUGGAUGAGGAGCCUUCAUCCCCAUUGCUUGGGCUCGGUAUCGACUCCGUUCAAUCAGUGCCGACCGAUACUGUCGCCCAGUCUGAUGCAGCACAUAUUGAACCAGGUGGCAACCGUUUCGAGUCGACAGAGAUCUACCGUCCCAAUUUCAUCCGAAGCCCAAACUCGUGCAUGAGCAAGUCAAGCUCGCAAGAGAGCAUCAUUCUCUCCAUCGCCUCCUCUAUCAUUGGGACACAUCGGUCUUCGAAUUCGAGCACAAGUCUGUCCGAUUUCACUCACCUGGCCAAUUUCGGAGGAUCACUGGACAACCUCAAACUUGACUUUGAAGGGACCAGUUUCCCCGUGGAGAUGCGCGCCAGAGACGGAAGUCAAGACACCAUCCGUGAAGAGUCUCAGGGACCGUCUGCUACGGCAACAGAGGAUCUCGACACUCGAUUUGAUUCUCCAGUGGCCUUCAAAACUUCACCAAACCUCAAGCAUGACCGGGGGAAAUCGGCAUCUCAAAUUCCUAUUCCUGAGAGAAAAUCCUCCAUGCCUGGGUCGGAUAUUUCGCACACGCAUACCGGCCGGAGACGCGCAGGCACCACAAACUCUCGUCCUCGAGGCAACACCCGCGUCUCAUAUUCUCUAUUUCCGAAUACAUGA